UCCAAAAUAUACACACAAAAAUACGUAAAUUUUGUGUGUAUAUGGAGAAUGAAAAGGUGCCCCAAUAACAAUCCAUCAUAAUUCAAAUAAGAUGGGGUUAGGCGCCAGCCAUCUGGGAGGCUCGCCCCCUUCUCAUCGGCCCCGGCCCCGUCGCCCCUCGAUCAGACGCACCAUCUCCUCAUUUCUCUUAUGCGGCGCCUCCCCGCCCCGCUCCCUCGCGGUGGAGGAUUGUCCAGCUGAGUUAUUGAUGAAUUCAGCAGAAAUUGGUGGUGGAGAGAGGUUGAAUGGAAAAGGAAAAGGUCCUCGUCUUUCCAUGGGUAGGAAAACUUGUCUAGUUGACGAUGGCAUCACAAAAAACGGAAGAUGCACAGCUGGAAAUGAAAUCGCAGCACUCAAAACAGUCUCAGGUGAUGGAGAUAAAUGUAAUUGCUCGUCAAAAUGUGGGGAUAUGAUUUCUUGUUCAUCCACUGCCAGUUCUAGUGAUGAUGGCACUGCAAGUACUUCUUCCUCCAUAGAUCAGCCAUCUCCAGACACUGUAAUAGCUAAGUUUGAUGCUUCCAAGGACAUUACCAGCAUCACAAGCAGUGAUUCUUCUCCGAUUUCUCUAGAUGAAGUUUCAGCAGGAAACAGCAUUGCUGAGGCUAUUGAUUCUUAUUCUGAAGAUACUUCUUUUUAUCAUGAUUCACCCGUGGCUUUCCACUUAAUGCACGAUCGGGGAUUGAUACCUUUGACUUCAGGAUUUAUAAUAUUAGGGAGAGAAGAAAGCAGGCAAGAGGGGACUCUGCGUCACGGAGAUCUAAUGAGUGCAUCCUCAAACAGUUUAACGAGUGUAUCCCCAGAUAGUCAUGAUAUAAGGAAUUAUACAUCAUUUUCAUUUUCAAGAAAUACCGUCUUUUCAACAAGUGGAUCUGAAUACUCAAGAUCUCCAGAUGGCUCUCACCGUGAUUUAACAGAUUUCUUUAGCACCAGCCUUCAUGGAAGUUUCAUGUCUCUUGGAAGUGAGAUACAUGGAAGUAAUGAGUUAGGGGAAAGACGCCAUGGCAGUCUCGAUACAUCGGAUUCUCCGACUGAUGUCUGCCCUAGAAGGAUACAUGCUGGUAGCUCAUGUUCAUGCCGAUUUGGUUUAUCAGCAGAGGAGUCUGGCUCACGAGCAAUUUCUCGAAUGGUCUUUCUUUCCCAAACAUGGUUUGAAGUGCUUGACCAAAUACACCACCAGCAGCCCAUGUCUAUUUCCUUGUCUGUGGUCUCACAACCAGCUCCAGAAUCAGUUGUUGCCUCGUUGCCAAUGAAGAUUUACGGAAAGGAAAAAAUAUUGGAAUAUGAAGAGGAUAUCUCACAGUGUCAGAUUUGCCUGGGAUCCUAUGAGGAUGGAGACAAGAUACGUAUACUUCCAUGCCAACACGAGUAUCACAUGUCAUGUGUGGAUAAAUGGCUCCAAGAGGUUCACGGUGUCUGCCCACUCUGCCGAGGAGAUGUUUGUUCAAAUUUAGACACCCUUCCCCGUUAGUAUGUUAGGUAAAUGGUGGAAGUUUUUCAGAGGUGAAGAUUUCUUGGAAUUAUUCAUGCCUGUUGUUGAAUGAGAAAGAAUGUUGAUGGUAUAUACCAAUGGAAUAUUUCGAUGCUUGCAUAA